UGUAGUAGUAAAUCACGUGGCCAGAGGUGAAGCACAUUGUUCCGCGGCAUGUUUCAUAUUUAUGUUGAAUGAGAAGAAAGUUGUUGUUUUUUUGCACAGUUGAUAUUUCCUAUUUUUAACUGGAACGAUCUUGCGCGCAUUGUAUCUGGAGAAAGAUAAAUACUUCACCAAUUGAGGACUUUUCCGUUUAGAGUUCAGUUCGUGUGUAAAUGGCUGGAAUUCUGUUCGAGGAUAUCUUUGAUGUGAAGGAUAUUGAUCCAGAUGGGAAAAAGUUUGAUCGAGUAUCUCGUCUUCACUGUGAAAGUGAGUCUUUCAAAAUGGACCUGAUCCUUGACGUGAACAUCCAGAUUUAUCCUGUUGAUCUCGGUGACAAGUUCAGACUGGUGAUCGCCAGCACGCUGUUUGAGGACGGGACGCCGGAUGAUGGGGAAUACAACCCUCAGGAUGACAGACCGUCCAGGGCUGAUCAGUUUGAUUAUGUCAUGUAUGGAAAGGUUUAUAGGAUUGAAGGAGAUGAAACCUCAACAGAAGCGGCAACACGACUAUCUGCAUACGUGUCUUAUGGAGGUCUGCUAAUGCGACUUCAGGGAGAUGCUAAUAAUCUGCAUGGUUUUGAAGUGGACUCCAGGGUCUAUCUACUGACGAAGAAACUUGCUUUCUGAUCGCUUCUAAGGACUGAGAAAUCAUGUGAAUUUUUAUUAUUGUUAUCAAUUUUGUUUUUUCCUUUUUUACCUUUGAGGCGUUCCUGUUGUGGAAACUGAUUUGGAAACUAGCCCAUGGUAAAUGACGUGAAAAAAAAUAUAUGUGGUUUUAUAUUCAAAUCAUACGAAUGCUCGGUUGAUAAACUGCUUUCUCAUUGCAUCUAGUGCAUGUGCACUACUUUGGCCAACCGUAUUGAUUGAAUCCCUGUUGAAUCACAUUAAUGACAACAGAUACAUGUCUUAUUUUGUAUGUUUCAUUUCUUUUAAACCGUUUAUCAGUAAAUGAGAAAUUGUGUUUACUAGUAA